UUAUUUCCGUUUCAAUUACAGGCCGAUAAAAAGACAUUACCAAUCUACAAACAUGAAGCAUGUUGUUAAAAAGGGCGUGAAGCCUAAAGAUAACACAAGGAGUAAUGUAAAUGGUGCAAGCAAUGUGCUGUCAAAAAUGAAGGAUGGUCGAUUCCAAAAAGCAAGUGAUCCAGUAGAGGAAUGUGUCCUCUCAUUUCCGGAUCUCAGGAUUAUGACCAAGGCAAAACUGCCUUGCAUGACAUCCAUUCUCCUGAGAUCGAAAGAGGAAAACAUCAAUAUGGCCGAUCUCAAUCAACUUCAAGAAGAGCUAGAAACCAUGCUGUCCAGUGUUGUGAUUAGGAAAAUGAACCUGAACAACGAAAUCGAUAUACUGAAUAACAUGGAAGAUAAGAAAGGAAGUUUACCUAUCAGUAAUAAAACCAACCAACCUAAAAAAAAUGAAGAAAGGACUUUAUUGAAGAUUGGUAAACCGUUCAAGGAUUCAAGAAAUUCAAAUAGUCACAAAAAUAAACUCAAAUCAUCUUCGAUGUUGAAUACUGAUUCUGAAGCAAUGUCCGAUGCCGAUGGAUUAAGCAGUGCAAUAGCAAAAAUGAACGAAACUGCAAAUAAAUUUUGGGCCUAUGUCGAGCAAUUUUGUGGAGAUAUAUCUGCUGAAGAUAUCAAGCUUCUCAAGGAACUGAUUGAAAGUUGUGAAAAAGAAGCACAAGCGAGAAAGAUUCCACCACUUGGAAAGCAUUAUACUCAGGUUUGGAACGACGAAGAUAUCGCUGACGAACGUGAUGUUUCAAAAAUGAAGAGGAAAGCUGAUGGUACCCCAGCAGCCACAACCACCUCAAUUACCGAGCCCAAAGACACCAAAGAUUAUUCCAAGAAAGGCGAAAAAAUUUGUAUGAAAGAUCGCAUUCCUGGACCACUGGCACAACGCAUGAUCUCAGCUGUUCUAGAAGAGAAUCCUUCAUUAUCUCUUGCUCUAUUCCAGGGGAGUAGAAUAAAAACGAAUGACGAUGAACCUCUUGCGAAAAGACAAAAACUAGAUAUGUCAUCACCAGACAUAGAAAGCAAAGGAGGUGAAAAUACAGUACCAAAUUCAUUCAAGAAGAUUCCACUUCUUCAUAAUACAUUGUGUUUUGAACGAAACGCUCGCAAAAAUUUGGAAUUGAUUGGUUUUUUGGAUCCUCUACCUUCUCAGGAGGAAGACGAUGAGAUUCUCACCGAAAUCAAAAAAUGCCAAGAAGAACUAAAGACGACAGCGCUGAGAAAUCUUUCCGUUUAUAGAAAGUUACUGAAAAAGGCAGAAGCUGAAAUGGCACGUGCUCCUCUACGCAAUGAAAUGAAACAAAUCGAUGCUGAAAUAAUAGAAAUUUAUAAGAAGAUUGCUGACACGAAGUUGAAGAAAAAAGCAGUUGGAGAGAAGGUGAAGAAGCAAGCAUGGAAACUCAUCAACGACAGAGAGUCUUUGCAGAAGCGGUUAGAUGCCCUAGCUCCAGAGCUCACAGUCUGAUUAUUUGUCAUUUAUUUGUAAAACAUAGGGCCAUUUUAAUCAUGUGAGAUACUGAUAAUGCAUUAGGCCACACAUUAGCGAAUUUAUAUGGUGACGCUAGUCAUAGAGGCCUCGAGCGUACAAUGCAUUUAAAUAAUUAUAUUAUUGUAGCUGGCUCUAAAAAAGUUCAGGCAACACUGAGUCGUAUAAAUAAUGUACCAUCAACAGCAGUAUGAGUUGAUAAGGACAAUAUACUGGAUGAGGACAAAUAUCGCCUUGAUAAAUCCUAUUAUCUAGAUAAGAGUCCCCAUACAACAAAAGGCCAAUAUGAUAAUUCGAUUAAAUAAAAGCUAGCAAUUGCUAAUUCUAAGUCAUUUCCAAGCAAAUGCUACGAUUUGAAUCACCUGCAUAAUACGAGCAUAUAUUUAAUCAAAUUGAUCAAAUUGAUUUUAUAUGAUCAAAUUGGCUAUAAAUAACUAGCUUUGACUGGAGGUAAGAACUACUAAAUUAAUAAGUGAAAUUAGUGAAAGUGUAAUAAGUAAAAAAUAUCACUACCCUACGUGUUCAGCUAUGCUUUUCAACGAAUUGGGUCACAUCUUUAGCGUACUUUUCUGUUUAAAUAUGGGAAUGGGCCCCAGUGCCAUGAAACUCGUCAAAAUUUCACCAAACAUAGAAACAUAAACGUGCUAGUAGUGUUGUAAAACAUAAAGUGUACUUAUUAUAUCACUUAGCAAUAAUAUUCAAGUUAGAAUUUAUACUUUGGGUGAAGUCUGUCCGCAAUUUUAUGUGUAAUAUGUUCUACAUGUAUAAUGAAUUCGAAUUAUUGAUAAAUUUUUAUCUGUUAUUUUUACUAGAUUUGUCGACGCGAAAUAAUUUCAAUUGCAAUGUUUUUUUCACUUAAUGAUUGGAGCUCUUUCAAGAACAAUAAUAAUUUUAGACACAUAUUGAACAUUUUAAAUACAUGUGUUCAGUCUCCACUUCAAAAGCGCUACUGUUUGUCAUUUUAAAAAAUCUGCUCUACUGGCUGUUCUCAAUUAAUAAUGAUUGCAUACCGAUAAAUCAAGUGAAAAUCACUUGUUUUCAAAACACUGUAGAGAUAGAGAAAUUGAUAUUUAUUUCUUGAUAUUCAUAAUUGAUGUAACUCAUUGAUAUUCAUUUUCAUAUACAACACUACCCUAGUAGUACAGUGUAUUUACAGUGUAUUUGAUAUCCAUAUUCUCUCAUUUAUUUUAUUUAGAUUCUAAUAUAAUAUAGAUUAUUUAUUUAUUCUCAUAUUUUUAAUGAUACUGACUCCAAACGAUGCACCUUCUUCUAUUUCAAGCUUCAAAUGAUUAUAUAAUUUUAGAUUCUUCGAUAUUUUAUAUUUUUCAAAUUUAUAUUAAAUGUACUUAAUUUAAAGUUAUUCUGAAAUUCAUAAAAUAAAUAAUUCCUUUCUAAUUGAAUAUACAGUGUAUUUGAUAUCCAUAUUCUCUCAUUUAUUUUAUGUAGAUUCUAAUAUAAUAUAAAUUAUUUAUUUAUUUAUUCUCAUAUUUUCAAUGAUACUGACUCCAAACGAUGCACUUUUUUUUAUUUCAAGCUUCAAAUGAUUAUAUAAUUUUAGAUUUUUCAAAUUUAUAUUAAAUGGACUCAAUUUAAUGCUAUUCUGAAAUUCAUAAAUAAUUCCUUUCUUAUUGAAUAUAAGAUUGAAGUAAAUUAUUAUGAAAUGUUUUAUUCCUUCACUUUAUCGAACACAUUCAGGCAUUAAUAUUUAUUUAUUUAUCUAUUUAUUUAUUCACAAUGGAGACAACGGGAUGCCCCAAAUAUAUCUAUUUUACAAUAAAAAUCUUACAAAUACAAAUGAUAAAAAAUAAUACAAAUGAAAGAUAUUAUACUUAUGCAAAAAGAAAUAAUACAGAUAACAAAAAUCGUACCUAACUCAAGAAAUUCAAAAAUGUCAAAACUUAUUUUUCUAAAAUAAAAAUCGAAGAAUUCAUUAACAAAUAUUGAUUGAAGGUGGAUAUUAUUGUAUAAAACUUUCUGUGCAAUCAAGAUUUAAACCACUAAUCAUUAGUUUGCAAUGAAAACAGGAACACUAGAAAACCUUGAGAAACGUGCGCCUUCAAAGAAGAAUCAGUACAAACGACAAUGCGGCAUUUACGUUUAGCAAAAUCUAAUUUUUAGCGUUAAAUUAAUUUUGUUUUUAUUUUUGGCCCCUUUAGAAUUAAUUUUAAUAAUUUUAUCAAACUAAAUCUGGUUUUAUCAACGCAUUUGAUUUUUUUUUAAAUGUAGCCUAUCAGUAAAACUUGACGGAUAGUUGAAUUUUGUUUUGGUUUAGAUCAAACAAUAUUAGUAUCUGCCAUUAGUCUUGCAAAAGCACUUUAAUCCAUAAAGAUGAUUUUUUCCGUUCUAAUUUUUUAUUUAUUUAUUCAUUUUAUCGUAUCAAAUAUCUAGUUUCAAUAACAAAAAAGUGUGCAUGAAAUGCAUUUGUUCUCAAAUUUCAAUUUACCGUUUUGUAAUGCAUUAAAUGAAAAAAAUCUUUUGUGAUGUUCUACAAGCAUACACCAUCGAAUGAAAUUGAAUUCCAAAUCUGAAAAUGAGUACAAUCAGUCUAAUAUGAUAUCAUAUUCAUUCUUCAAAGAACUUAUCACCAUAUGAAUAAUUUAUGUGUCAGAUUAGUAUUAGUAGUACUUAGAAUGUAACUACAACAUUAUUCGAAAGUGAAUUUUGUAGAUAAUACUGCUUGUUUGUGGAAACCGCUAUGAUAUUGUUCAAGUUUUGUAUGAUUUAAACAUUAUAUAAGUAAGUCUAGAAUAGAUUAACUUAAUCUUGUAAAAUAGCAAUACUAAUUAAAUGUAUAUAAGCUAUAGUUCAUAUUCAUCACUAAUGAGUACUAUAGUGUUGUGUGUGCACAUAUAUAGUAAUUUGAAGUAAUUAGGUUAAUACGUACGGUGUAAAAAAGCGUAAUCAGAUUUUUGAAUUAAUGGGAAUCAUUAUUCAGAUGUAAUUAUUAUCUUGAACAAUUAUUGUAACCCAAGUUUUUGUGAUAUGUAUAAUAUUAGUCAUAAUAUGUAUUUACUAAUUGAAAUGGUUAAUGAUGCUGGUUCAUUAAUAAUCGUAUUUUCAAUGGUAAAAUAUAAUAUGAGCAUGUUAAAUGAUCAAUAUUAGAGGGAAGAUAUUGAAUAUCGAUUUUGUGCUUUAUAUUGUGUAAUACCAUAAUGUAGCCUAAAUUAUUCUAUGUAAUAUGAAGCCUGAAAUCCGAUUUAAUGGAAUAUAAUAAUAUUCAUGGAGUACCGGUAAUCAUCCUUUGUUUGAUUUAUACUUCACAGAUUAUUUGUUAUUUUCACCAAUGGUAAAAAUAAAUAACUAGUGACCCUUUGGGCUGUAGAACUCGCUCAAAAACCUAAAGUUGUUUUGUAAUCUUUGAAACCCGCAACUUUCAAUUAUAGAGUUGGUGAAAAUCAUGAAAAUAGCUAAAUAUUUCUUUCACAAGUAUAAUUUGACAGGAGGUUUAAUUGGAGAACCUAUUUGAAAUUAAAAAUUACUCUGUCGCUUCAACAUUUUUGUCCCUCAUAUGAUUUUAAACUUAUUUUUUUUAAAUGAGAACGUGGUCAUGUAAUACAUUAUUUCGAUACAGAGAAAAAAUGGCGGAAACCGCACAUUGAUAUCUCAACCCGUAAAAGUUUGUUGAUCUGAAAGAUAUAAAUUAUGUUGUAUAUUAACCAGCUGAAAUCAUGUGUCAGCGCAUGAAGGUCUGUCUGUGUGAUAGCUUUCAAAUAGCCUCAGUUGAUGUUAUGAAUGAAUGAAUGGAAAAUUGUAAUUGCGUGCAACGAAUUCUUCAGCUGACUAAAUCAAAACAAAUUUUUUUCUUAUGCACUUUCAAUGUUAUCUGCUAUAUCCUGAAAAAGGACGAAGGAGUGUGUCAACUUUGUUGUCCAACGAACUUGACCUGUAAAAAGGUUCGAAGAAUACCUAUUCAAAAUUUGAAGCUGAUUGAUCAAUUCUUUCUAAAGCUAUUGAAGAACAUACAAACAGACGGACAACGACUUUGGCCUCCAGUAAAUCAAAAGUGAGAACUCGCUAACGCUCGUUCAAUAAUUAUUGAAAUAUAUUUAUACAAUAUGGUAUUCAUGUUUAUACAUAACGAUUAUGUGAUUCAUAUGGUAGUCUUUAUUAGUAUUUGAUCUCUGUCGAAUUAUGAAUUAUGUGUGUAUGCUGUAUGGUAUUCAUAUAAUUAAGUUGUCAAAUUAAAACUAUCAUACCUAUGUCUAUCAACUAACUAUCUUGGUAUCUUGUAAAAUAUAUCUUCAAUGUCAGAUAACUUAUGUAAAUAAAAAAAAUUGUGUUCGUACGA